AGCUAUAGCGCUAUCACUGGCUGAUUAGACAUCGCGCCGCACUGACGAGAUUCGUAUCGGCCGACCCAGGAGGGCUUUCAUCCUCCUGUUGCUCAUCCUCUCAAGCAGCUGCCACGAUGGCGAACCUCCCAUCCUGGAUCAACUUCUACCCAGACAACAGCACCGCCACCAACUCCACCACCUCCGACUAUGACGAACUCUUAUCGCUGAAGUAUAAGAUCGGGGUUGUCAUGAUCGUGAUCUGCGGUCUCUGCUACGUCGUCAUCUGCCUGAUGUGCAUCGUGUUCAACGGCCUGUUGUGCUGGCUCAUCUGGAAGACGCCGGAGGAACACAAGUCAACAGACUACUUCAUCCUGAACCUGGCCAUCAGCGACCUUCUGGUCGGCAUCUUCUGCAUCCCCUUCACUCUCAUCAACCAUAUCUACACGGAAAACCAGCUUGGUGAUGUGAUGUGCAAGAUGACUCCAUUCAUACAAGGAACUGCCGUCGGUUCUUCCGUCUUUACUCUGGCAGCCGUGGCCGUAGACAGAUGCCGGAUGCUGUUCAGCGCGCCAGGUAGCCACUUCACCGGGCGCCAGGUCGCCGUGACGGUCGGCACCAUCUGGGUCGCCUCCACGGCCACCAUGCUGCCCCAGGCGCUGUACCGGCACGAGACGGCCUUCUUCAUCCCGCCGCUGGGCCGCAGCAUCAGCCUCUGCGUGGAGGACUGGCCCCUCAUCCAGCUCUACACGCUCCUGCUGUUCGUGAUCUGCUACCUGGUGCCUCUCCUGGUCACGGGCGGUCUCUACAUCACCAUCUGCAUCCACCUGUGGUACAAGAGGCCGCCGGGAGAGGACGACGCCGCCAGGCAGAAGACGCAGAAGAUGAAGCAAGUCAUCAAGAUGCUGAUCACCAUCGUGGCCAUGUUUGCCCUGUCGUGGCUGCCGCUGUACGCCUGUUGGAUUCUGGAGGACUUCGGACGGCUGGCGUUCGGGGAAAGGGUGAUCAUGAUGUCGUAUGUGAACCCGAUAGCACACUUGCUGGCGUUCUCCAACAGCUGCGUGAACCCGGUGGUGUUCGUGUAUUUCCGGCCGCAGCUGCGCCGUGAGGGGUGCCAGGCGCUGUACGCGUGGUGCGUGUGCGGUACCAAACGUCAUCCGGGGCCUGCACAACCGGCAGCACAGCGACAGGUGGCUAUGCAGGCACUGCGCCAGGACGCCAUGCGGCAGCAUCGCAAACUGCAGCGCCUGCAGUACGUGUAA